UGCAUGUAUCCCUCCGCCAGUGGAGGAAAUGCUCCUAGACCAAUCACAUCUGUGUUUACACCAUCACCUGUCAAACAGACACCCUCUGCUACAUUUUCUCUCUGAAAGGAGCUGAAACACACACUCACACUGAAGCGCUUACGGUAGCCGCUAACUGGACGGACUCUCUGGCAAUCGACCUUUUGCAGUGGAAUAGCGGAAUAAGUCUUGAACCAUGAGCUCAGUGGCAGUGUUGACCCCGGAGAGCUUUGCGGAGCAUCGCAGCGGCCUCAAGGACCAGGAGAUUACAGGCUGUGUCCCGGAGGAUGAGGCCUACAUCCCCACCUACCUGGAGGCCUUCCCUCCGCUGCCGGAGAAGGGGGCACCAGGGGACAAGGCAGGGGAGCCGGCUUCAGCAUGGGGGAGCAAGAUCAGGCCCAUUAAAGCCUCUGUCAUCACCCAGGUGUUCCACGUGCCCCUGGAGGAGCGCCGCUACAAGGACAACAGUCAGUUUGGGGAGGGCGAGGAGGCCAAAGUGUGCCUGGACAUCAUGCAGAGGACGGGGGCUCAUAUCGAGCUGUCCCUGGCCAAAGACCAGGGCCUGUCCAUCAUGGUUACCGGCAAACUGGACUCUGUGAUGAAGGCUCGCAAGGAGAUCGUUGCUCGGCUGCAGACGCAGGCUUCAGCUACGGUCGCCAUCCCCAAGGAGCACCACCGCUUUGUCAUCGGUAAGAACGGUGAGAAGCUGCAGGAGCUGGAGCUGAAGACCGCCACCAAGAUCGCUAUUCCACGACCUGACGACCCGAGCGCUAACAUCCGCAUCACUGGCACCAAGGAGGGCAUCGAGAAGGCUCGCCAUGAAAUCCUUCUGAUCUCUGCUGAACAGGACAAGCGUGCAGUGGAGCGCCUCUCCCUGGAGAAAGCCUUCCACCCCUUCAUCGCCGGCGCCCACAACCGCUUGGUGCAGGAGCUGAGCCAGGAGACGGGUGCUCGCAUCAGCAUCCCGCCACCCAGCCUGCCCAAGGACGAGAUUGUCAUCACCGGGGAGAAGGAGGCCGUCGCCAUGGCCCUGAACCGUAUCCGAGCCAUCUACGACGACAAGAAAAGGAAGACCACCACCAUCUCAGUGGAGGUGAAGAAGUCUCAGCACAAGUACAUCAUAGGACCAAAAGGAAACACCCUGCAGGAGAUCCUGGAGACCACGGGGGUGUCUGUGGAGAUGCCUCCUCUGGACUCCGGCUCGGAGACCAUCAUCCUCAGGGGGGAGCCUGACAAGCUGGGGCCGGCUCUCACACAGGUGUACGCCAAGGCGAAGAGUGUGAUGGUGGUGGAGGUGACCGCUCCAGCCUGGCUGCAUCGCUUCAUCAUCGGGAAGAAAGGGCAGAACAUCGGACGGAUCACACAGCAGCUGCCUCGGGUUCACAUAGAGUUUACGGAUGGCGAGGAGCGCAUCAGUCUGGAGGGGCCGACAGAGGAGGUGGAGCAGGCUCAGGCACAGAUACAAGAGAUCAUCAAGGACCUGCUGGUGAGGAUGGACUACACUGAAGUAAUCAUAGAUCAGCGUUUCCACAGACACCUCAUCGGGAAGAACGGAGCCAACAUCAAUCGGAUCAAGGAGCAGUACAAAGUAUCCGUACGAAUCCCGCAGGACUCUGAGCGGAGUGGCCUGGUCCGGAUCGAAGGAGACCCUAAAGGAGUCCAGCUAGCGCGCAGAGAGCUCAUUGAGAUGGCUCAGAGGAUGGAAAACGAGCGCACUAAAGACCUGAUCGUGGAGCAGAAGUUUCAUCGGACAAUCAUCGGACAGAAGGGAGAAAAGAUCAAAGAAGUUCGAGACAAGUUCCCUGAGGUCAUCAUCAAUUUCCCCGACCCAGCACAGAAGAGUGACAUCGUCCAGCUGAGAGGACCGAAGAACGAGGUGGAGAAAUGUGCAAAGUUCCUGCAGAAAAUAAUCGCCGACCUGAUCGAGAACAGCUUCUCGCUCUCUGUGCCUAUCUUCAAGCAGUUCCACAAAAACAUCAUUGGAAAGGGAGGUGCAAACAUAAAGAAGAUCCGUGAAGAGACCAACACUAAGAUUGACCUGCCGACAGAGAACAGUAACUCUGAGAUGAUCGUCAUCACCGGCAAGAAGAGCAACUGUGAGGUGGCUAAAGAUCGAAUCCUCGCCAUCCAGAGAGAGCUGGCCAACAUUAAGGAGGCGGAAGUCACCAUCCCCGCAAAACUGCACAACUCGCUGAUUGGCUCUAAAGGCUGCCUGGUUCGAUCCAUCAUGGAGGACUGUGGUGGCGUCCACAUACAUUUCCCCUCCGAGGGCUCCGGCUCAGACAAAGUCACCAUCAGAGGACCUGCAGGAGAGGUGGAGAAAGCCAAGAAACAGCUUCUGCAGCUCGCGGAAGAGAAGCAAGUCAACAACUUCACAGCUGAGCUCCAGGCAAAACCAGAGUACCAUAAAUUUCUGAUUGGCAGAGGCGGGGCUAAUAUUCGCCGUGUGCGGGACAAGACGGGGGCUCGCAUCAUUUUCCCGUCACCGGACGACACGGAGCAGGAGCUGAUCACCAUCGUAGGGAAGGAGGAGGCUGUUCGUCUGGCUCAGAAGGAGCUGGAAAGUCUGGUCAAAAACCUGGACGACGUGGUUGAGGACAGCAUGGUCGUAGACGUUCGCCACCAUCGCCACUUUGUGUGUCGAAGAGGUCAGGUGCUGCGGGAACUGGCUGAGGAGUACGGAGGAGUGGCCGUGAGCUUCCCUCGUACAGGAGCCAACAGCCAGCGGGUCACUCUGAAGGGAGCGAAGGAUUGUGUCGAGGCGGCCAAGAAACGCAUCCAGGAGAUCAUCGAGGACCUGGAGUCCCAGGUGAGCGUGGAGGUGGCGAUCCCUCAGCGCUAUCAUCGCGCUAUCAUGGGGCCUAAAGGCUGCCGCAUCCAGCAGAUCACCAGGGAGCACGAAGUCCAGAUCAAGUUCCCUGAGAGGGAGGACAACUCUGCAGGUCAGGAGGCCCCUCCGCAGGAAAACGGUGAGGUCAGUCCAGACGCGGAGUUCGUCCCCCGCAAAUGUGACAUCAUCAUCAUCUCUGGGCGUGCAGAGAAGUGUGAACAGGCGAAAGCUGCCCUACUGGCGUUGGUGCCGAUAACAGAGGACGUUGAGGUGUCCUACGAGCUUCAUCGCUACAUCAUCGGGCAGAAAGGCAGCGGCAUACGAAAGAUGAUGGAGGAGUACGAGGUGAACAUCUGGGUGCCACAGCCAGAAAAGCAGCUGGAUGUGAUCAAGGUGACGGGGCUGGUAGCUAACGUGGAGCGAGCCAAACAGGGUCUGCUUGAGAGGGUGAAAGAGCUGCAGGCUGAGCAGGAGGACAGGGCUCUGCGCAGUUUCAAGGUAACCAUGUCUGUAGAUCCGAAGUUUCACCCCAAGAUCAUCGGACGCAAGGGAGCGGUCAUCUCUCAGAUCAGGAAAGAUCACGAUGUCAGCAUCCAGUUCCCUGAUAAAGGAGACGAGCAGCAGGAUCUGAUCGUGAUCUCCGGGUACGAGCGCAACGUGGAGGAGGCCCGUCAGGCAAUCCAGCAGCUGGUGGCCGAGCUGCAGGAGAUGGUGAGCCAAGACGUUCACCUGGACCCGAGGACCCACGCUCGCAUCAUCGGAGCGCGAGGCAAAGCCAUCCGCAAGCUAAUGGAGGAGUUCAAGGUGGAUAUCCGGUUCCCGCAGCCAGGUUCAGACGAGCCUGAUAAAGUGACUGUUACCGGUCUUCCUGAGACAGUGGACAAUGCAAUCGAUCACCUGCUGAACCUGGAGGAGGAAUAUAUGCUCAGUGUGACAGAGACAGAGACCUUGGCAGCGUACAUGAAGCCUCCAUCUCGAUACGGUGGGGGAGGUGGAGCUGCAGGACUCGAUGACGGCAGCGGGGGUCCGGCUAAGGGCUUUGUGGUUCGGGACGCUCCCUGGAACGCAGCAGGGAACAAGGCUCCCGACAUGAGCAGCGCCGAGGAUUUCCCCACCUUCGGGACAGGUGUCGCCCCAAAGCAAGCGUCUGCCUGGGGUCCCAAAAAAUUCUGAAGCCGCUUAUCUGAGGAAUGAAAAAAAAAAAAAACUUGUGUAAAGUAGAUGAUGAGAGAUGACAAAACAUCUCUAAUCAAAUUGCUGCUCGCCUUCUCCCCUCCUCCUCUUCUCUUUAGUGACCUCCCCUUUUGUCUCUCUUUAUCCUCCCAAAACCAGCCGCAAUGAAUUCUGGGAGAACAAUCCCUUUUUUUAAAAAUCUCAUCCGUCUGUCCUCCUAGUCCCUCCUCCUUCAUUUCUGAGAGGAGAAAAAGGAACAUUUCAGUGCUCUCUAGUUCAUGCUGCCCUGCUCUGCCUCUCGGUUGCAUCUGCACCUGCUGGUCCCCAUGUAAUAGUUGAAAAAACGGCGGCCAUUUUUACACCUCAGAAAUCGCAAAAAUCUCCACAUGACAAUGAAACUAUCACUUCACUGCAAUACAUUAGAAAAAGAUAGAGUUAUACAAGUAGAAAAGGAGGAACUAUCCAAGUAAGGGGGGGUAGAAUUUGAAUGAUAAGCUAUGAAAGGGGGAUUUUAUUGUGAAAGAGAAGUUUUUAAACAACAUGUUUUUUCAAGGUUUCUUUUUUGGGCUUAUCUUUCCAGUCAGUAAUUUGGGGCAGCAGGUGAGGCAACGAGCUGUGUGUGUGUGUGUGUGUGUGUGUGGGUGUGGGUGUGGGUGUGGGUGUGGGUGUGUGUUGGUGGGUUCAGAGGAGUUUUUCCACCCACAGUUGUUCAACAUGUCGGAGCAGGGAGCAAAAAAAAAAACAGCUGCUGUAGUCGACUAUCUGGACGUUUUGUUUUUUAAAUCUUAAAGAAGCAAAUGAAGUUUGUUUGUAAUGAAGGUUGUUUUAAUUGUUUAUUUAUUUUGAAAAAGGAGCCAUUUUAUUUGAACUACUGUGAUCAUGCGUUUUUAUAAAAGCACCCACUGUAGCUUGAUGCUUACGACUUUAAGUUUGGGAGUGAAUGCUGUACGACAGGGUACUUUGGGCACAUGUUAACAAUUAUGUGUAAGUGUACAAAGAACUUUUCGCUAUUUUUUUAAAA